AUGAACGUAAUCGUGGGAUUCGUCGCAGCUGUAUUAACUAGCUCUAACGCAGCUGUAGGGUUUGUUGUCCGACUACCUGUAACAACGGUUCGCUUCGUGCUGCCCGUCUUUGAUGUUGUGCUCGAAACCGAACCUAGGUCGCUCGUUGAUAAAAGCGCUGUCGUUUGCGUAUCAAUUGCUGUGGCUUCAUCUGACGAGGCAGCUUCACCGGAUCCCUGCGCGUCGGCCGUCAGCGAUGCUGUACUCGAGUGCGAAUCUGCGUCGGACGUUGAUGAAGGGGUUGUCGAUUUCGUAUUAAUUCCUGUGGCUUUAUCUAACGAAACAGCUUCACCAGAUCUUUCUUGGCCAGCCGUCAUUGAUGCUGUACUCGAGUCCGAAUCUGCGUCGGUCGUUGAUAAAGAGGUUGUCGAUUUCGUAUUAAUUCCUGUGCCUUCAUCUGACGAGGCAGCUUCACCGGAUCCCUCCGCGUCGGCCAUCAUUGAAGCUGUACUCGAGUGCGAAUCUGCGUCGGACCUUGUUGAAGGGGUUGUCGUUUGCAUAUCAAUUCCUGUCGCUUUAUUUGACGAAGCAGCUUCACCAGAUCUUUCCUGGCCAGCCGUUACUGAUGUUGUUGUCGAGUCUGAAUCUGCUUCGCUCAUUGAUAAAAGUGUUGUCGAUUUCGUAUCAAUUGCUGUAGCUUCAUCUGACGAGGCAGCUUCACCGGAUCCCUCCGCGUUGGCCAUCAUUGAUGCUGUACUCGAGUGCGAAUCUGCGUCGGUCGAUGAUGAAAGUGUUGUCGAUUUCGUAUCAAUUACUGCGGCUUCAUCUGGCGAAGCAGCAUUACCGGAUCCCUCUGUGUCGACCGUCAUUGAUGUUGUAGUCGAGUCCGAAUCUGCUUCGCUCAUUGAUAAAAGUGUUGUCGAUUUCUUAUCAAUUGCGGUGGCUUCAUCUGACGAGGCAGCUUCACCGGAUCCCUCCGCGUCGGCCGUCAUUGAUGCUGUACUCGAGUCCGAAUCUGCUUCGCUCGUUGAUAAAAGUGUUGUCGAUUUCGUAUCAAUCACUGCGGCUUCAUCUGGCGAAGCAGCUUCACCAGAUCUUUCCUGGCCAGCCUUCAUUGAUGUUGUACUCGAGUCCGAAUCUCCGUCGAUCGUUGAAGAAGGGGAUUUCGUUUGCGUAUCACGUGCUAUGGCUUCAUCUGACGAG